AUGACGGCCGUUCUACCCCAAGGACUAAUUAAUGCGAAUCCCGAUGUCCAACAGCAUGCUUUGGACGAUUUCCACGUCGACUUCACCAAUGCAGAAGUGCUCAGCAAGUUUUGGAAAGUUUAUGCCAUUCAGAGCGAGGCGACGCAAGACAAUACCUCUGCAAGGUUGCGGAAUCUGUUCUGGAGAGUAUGGAGUAGCCCGACCCUUACCAAGUCCAUGACAUCUGCACGACUGAUGCGCUUGUGGUCUCUGUGUACUCAAGACGUGGACUUGACCCCAAUCGAAGAUGGUACUCACACCGGGCGGGUCCCCGAACUUAUCACACAGGUACAUGUUAUCCUAACAUCCCACGGAAACAUCCUUGCUGACAGAAAUAUUGAGGGUUUAUCUGCGUCAAGCCAGUCCCCAAACACAACCUCUCCCUUGUCUCCUACCUCUGACAUCCGUCAGACAACAGGUGCCACUCCACGUACCAGGCCAAAUGUUGCACCCACACUGCAAGAUUUUAGGUUUCCUUCCGUGGCGGCCAAUACAGGUGAUGAGGAACGCCAGCCUUCCAGUGGACAGCCCAACGGACGUGGCCGAAUGCAGUCUGAAGAUGCUUCAGGGUCUGGGUCUCACGCCACAUCCGAAUCGUCUACCCGACCGACCUUGAGCAGAACCACUAGCGGUGGACGACAAAGGCCGCCUGUUCUGGCCACUGCUGGAAAGUCGAGGGCGAGGCCUCAAAUCCCCCGCAGAAAAUCCAGUUCGCAAAAAUCCCCAGGAGGCCCAAGCGGACCGAAAUCUCCAAGGGCAAAGUCAGGCGCUGCCACAGUCGACGUCACAAUUCAGGACACCAGCGGAGGUGUCGGUGCCCUCACUAACAGAGGACCGCCUCCUGGUUUGCCAAUUGCCCCUUCAACUACCAGCGGACCGGCUUUCGUUCUUCCAUCUGCGUCUUCGUGGCAGAGCAUAGAUUCGGCUACUGAGCCCCCUUUAGCGAACACUGCCCCGCCUCUGCCUACGUCUUCGGGUGAACUGGUCGAGCCGGAUUUCCGAGGCAAAUUUGUGGAAACCCAGAAGAAGCUGGUGAGCUCGACAAACCUUGCCGGCCUUAACCGAAUCAAAAAGACAGGUAGUGUUGUCAGGUUCGCGGACGAGUUGCCCCAGGAACUGCGCAAGGGAAAGGAAAGGGAGAAGGAAGCGACAAUCCCAACCAGAGACGAAACGCCUGGAUCCUCACAACUGCGUAGGAGCAUAUCCAGUGAAGCAGUUUCGGAUGAUGCCGACGACGAUGACUCGUCUUUGGAAAACAUGCAACUCCCACGAACCAAGAGCCAGCUCAGCCUUCUGAUUCAGACCAAAAGAGAUGAAAUAGGGAGCUCGGAUAUUGGACCUGCUGGAGAACAGGAGAACAACAAGGGGAAAGAGCAGGCAAAAGAGAAAGCCCAGUCCAGAGAAGAAGAUCUCCUAUCAAUGGGUCGACGAGACGGCGUGACAAAGGCUGGCGGCGUCCAGGGACGCAAGCAGCAUCGGAUCAGCGAAACUGAAGACCCUGGAUACUUCUCACCGUCAAGCCCUGAGCCUCUGUUCUGA